AUUUGUAUUUCAUUAUUUUUUUUUUCGUUCAGCGUCAUUGACAACCUGGAUUCUCUCUCAUAUACUUUCAACCCUCACCAAUCAAGGCUUGACAACGAUCCGACUCACUUGGACUGCUCACCAACUUGGAACCAGACAAGGCUUUUUUCCUGCCUUUUUUCUUCUUCCCCUCUGCUUCCAAUUGAUAUAAAUCUUACACCUCAAUUCCUCUCCUGGGGAAGAAAAAAAAAAAUGGGCAGCACACCACCAGCACCGCCCUCCAUCGAGGUCAACAAGCUCACCUACUCCUUCGCCGACGCCUCCCUCGGCGUGACAGACAUCAGCCUCUCAGUCCCACCGCGGUCCCGCACCCUCCUCAUCGGUGCCAAUGGCGCAGGCAAGACGACGCUCCUCCGCCUCCUCGCCGGCAAGCGCCUCGCCCCCUCCAACACCAUCUCCAUCUCGGGCGUCGACCCCUUCAAGGACGGCCUCGAGGGCGUGACCUACCUGGGCCUCGAGUGGGUGCUCAACCCCAUCGUCCGCACAGACAUUGGCGUGGUCGAGCUCCUGCGCUCCGUGGGCGGCGACGCCUAUCCCGAGCGCCGCGACGAGCUCGUGCACGUGCUGGACAUCGACACGGCCUGGCGCAUGUCGGCCGUCAGCGACGGCGAGAGGCGCCGCGUGCAGCUGGCCAUGGGCCUCGUGCGGCCCUGGACCGUGCUGCUGCUCGACGAGAUCACCGUCGACCUCGACGUCCUCUCGCGCGCCGAGUUCCUCGCCUGGCUGAAGCGCGAGACCGAGGCCCGCGACUGCACGAUUGUCUAUGCCACGCACAUCCUCGACAACCUGGCCGGCUGGCCCACGCAUCUUGUGCACAUGCACAUGGGCACCGUGCGCGAGUGGGGUGAGACGGACAAGUUCCUGGCCCGCCUCGAGGGCGAGGAGGCGACGGGGAACUCGCGCCUGGGCGAGGUCGUGCUGGGCUGGCUGCGGAGUGACCUGAAGGAUCGGGGCCCGCGUAGCCAGAACAGGCGAGGGCCUGAGGGGAAGACGUAUGGGAUGGGUGGCACGCAGUUGGGCGGAACGAGAAAGGAGAGAGGAGAAGAUAUGUGGUGGACGACGUCCAAUGAUUUUCAACAAUAUGCAUGCAUGGGACUUGGAGUUUUCUAA